AGCAACAACCAAAGAAAAAACAAAACACCUUACAAACUGUUGAACCUGAAAGCAGUAUGUCCACCAAUAACAACAACGUCGAAACUCUACUUAUGAAUGUCGACCCUCUUUCGCUUGAUAAAGGAAAGAGCAAAGAAGUUUACAAAAAGAACUCUCAAGAUAUCUUUAUAAAAAAAACGAAAUUUUUCGCUUUCUUCCCAACAGACGACUACCCUGAAAAAUUCUCUCAAACAAAAGUAUCUGACAUCACGAACCUGGUGUUUAAUAGAUUUGAUUCAUUCUCGGGUAUAAUCCUAGCCAAACAUCCAGAAGACCAAUCAAAAAGUAUACUUAAGGCAACAUUUUCUGACAAAGACGAAAGGAACGCGUUCUGUAAUGUCAUCUUACCUAAUGCACAUUUUUGCCCUUGA